AUGGAUAUUAAUUCGCUACUUGCACCACAAGACUCGGCUGCGCAGUCGCGCCAGUCAAACGGUCAAGCACGCUCUAACAACAAGGGCAAUGCCUCGACAACCUCGGGCCAGGCGUCGAGUACAUCGCCACAAAAACCACGAAGAGGUCGCGCCGCAGGCUCGAAAUAUAGCUCUGGUCCAUCGCCAGUCGCCCGACAAGCUCUAAAAUCUCGUCUGCCCGAGCGAGCUACUGCAUCCAACCCACCUGGAAACUCCACUAGCCAAGGAAAUUCGUCUGGAAAAGGCAAUGGAUCGAUGACGGCUCUAGCAGAAGCAGCAGCGCUUCAAGGUCAAAGUCAGCCUCAAAGCCAAAACCAUCCCCCUCACAAUCAAAAAGGUAAUCAAGGUGUCUAUUCGAACAUGUCCAUCUCGCCCAUCUAUCCCAAUCCGAAACCAGUCAAACUUGUGCAGAAUCCGCCACGUGCUCCAGAACCUCGAGAAUUUGUGAAACGUAACUUUUCUCAAUCUUCCUUGCACCCAGAGGCCCAGCAACAGGCCAAUCAGUUGUCAAGUCAUAUUCAAGCAAACCCUCAUUCCUACGAGUCGCAUGUUCAGUUCAUUCAGCUUCUUCAUACUGGGUUCGUGAAUCAUGUUUAUCCGCCACAUGAUCCUGACGCUCACGGCGAUCCAAGAGCCUACGAUUUGUUGAAAGAUUUGCGCAGCGCUCGAGAGGACAUGGAUAAGCUCUUUGCAAUGGGGGAAGACUUGUGGGUGGAGUGGAUUCAAGACGAGACCAUGGUGGCACAGACAGUUGAUGAGAGGAUAGCUGUCAUGGAACUUUGUCGACGGGCGGUUGAGGAAGAGUAUGGAAGUACGAAGCUUUGGACGAUGUUUGGAGAGUGGAUGCUUUAUCUCUACAACUCCGCAAACGGGCAGGCGGGUCAAAAUCAGUGGAGCGAAGAGGAUCGAUUAGUCGGUCGGGAAGUGUUUAGCUGGCCAUCCGUCUUUGAAAUAUGGCAAAGGGCAGCUGAUGCUACAAGAUGGCGCAUUCAUGAUAGCCAUCUUGUCUGGUCAAAGUUUCUUGAGCUCUGCAUCCAGGACUUUUCACAUUCCCAAACCAACGAAAAGGCGACCCAGGUCCGAAACACUUUUGAGUCUCGCCUUCAAACUCCACAUGCCGCGUGGGAUGAGACUUUCCAGAUUUUCUCGGGUUUCGUCAGUCAAUAUUUCAAUGCGAACUAUGAGGAGAUUAUGGCCAACACCGUCGCCAGAGCAUCGGACGCAAAAGCGAAAUAUGCAGCUCGGCAGGACUUUGAGCACAAAGUACAGAGGGCGCUAGAGUCAAAGGACCGCAAUCUGGAGUGGGCUGUAUAUUCAGAGUACAUCGAAUGGGAACUGUUACAGGAUCCUCGUAAAAACAUGUACAGUCCUCAUCUGAUCAAUGCUUUAUAUCAACGAGCUCUACUACGGUUUCCUACCGAUGUGCCGAUGUGGGAGGACUGCGUCAUGUUUCUGAUACAGCCGCCUGUGCCUGUACCUCCUAAUGAGAUUGCACCCGUUCUUCCGACCAUUGAACGUGCGACGAGACAUUGUCCAUGGUCAGGAUCUUUAUGGUCUCAAUGUCUGCUUGUUGCAGAACGCGAGGGUCUUUCGUUCGAUCAAAUCGUAGAGCUCAAGCAUAGAGCUACUAGCACAGGCCUCCUAGAUGCUGGCGGUCUCGAGGAAGUCAUCAAAGUUCACUCGAUGUGGUGCAGUUACCUACGCCGACGUGCAUUCCUACCUGACGCAAUUGACGAAGAUCUCGACGUUGCCGAGGUCGGUAUUCGUUCUGCGAUUGAGAGAGUUCAAGAGCUCGGAGAGAAUAAGUAUGGCAAAUCGUAUCAAGGGGACCCUUACUUUCGUCUGGAGAGGAUUUAUACGCGUUAUCUGAGUGAAAGCGGAAGCUGGGAUAGCGCUCGCGAAUACUACAAAGGCCUUAUAGCGACCCGAGGUAACAGCUAUGAAUUCUGGCUAGACUACUACAACUGGGAAAUCAUGUCUUGGCGAACAUUUGUGGAGCCUGCCAUGACACCGGAAGCUGCUCGAAGGACUCCGGGACCUAGCUAUGCCACAGGUGUGUUGAAGCAAGCCAUCAGACGACCUGAUUUGGAUUGGCCGGAGAAGAUCAUGACCAAGUACAUUGCGCAUUGCGAGGACUACGAGGACGCCGACGAACUUCAGGAAGCUCUAGUUGAGACACAAAAGGCUAUGAAAGCCGUGGCACGGAGACGACAAAAAGAGGCGCUGGAGCGUGCUGCCGCGCAACAAAGCGCUGCAGCGAGCGCAGAAGCAGCUCAAGCAGCAGCAGUGGAACCCAUGGAUACGGAGGAUGAUGCUGUAUCCGCUGUUCCGAAACGCAAACGCGAAGAAGACUCUCUUGAGACUACCGAGACACCUCACAAGAAAGCCCGUCCGGAGACGAUAUCAAACGACCACAAGGAGCCAGCAGAGUUGAAGAGGGACCGCGAGCAUUCCACCGUCAUGGUCAAACGCAUGCCUUCUGACGUUACCGAGUCUCAGAUUCGGCAAUUCUUCCGCGAUUGCGGACCCAUCGUGGACAUUAAAUUUCUGCCCUCUGAGCAUGGUUUUGCAACGUCUGCUGUGGAGUUUGAAACUCCUGAAGACGCAGCCGCCGCUCUUACUCGGGACCAGAAACGAAUUGAUGGCCAAACUGUCGAUGUCGAAAUGGGCAGCGGCUCGACGAUCUAUGUCACGAACUUUCCUCCGACCGCCGACGAAGCAUUUAUCAGGAGUCUGUUUAGCGAGGCUGGAGAAAUUGUUGAAGUUCGCUUCCCGUCUCUCAAGUACAACACACAUCGCCGAUUCUGUUACGUCCAGUUUAAAUCGGCUGAUCAAGCCAUUGCUGCGACUAAACUGAACAACAAUGUUGUCGGCGACGGCCUCAACCUCCAAGUCAAGAUCUCUGAUCCUUCGGCACGCCAAGAUCGUCAAGGGCCAAUGUACGAAGAACGAGAAAUCCACAUUUCGAACAUCCAUUUCGAUGCUCGUGAAAACGACCUGAAGGAGAUUUUCUCAAAGUAUGGCACCAUCGAAACUGUACGAAUUCCGAGCAAAGUGAGCGGCGAGCACCGCGGCUUUGGCUUCAUAGUCUUUUCGAAAAAGGAGGAAGCGACUGCUGCCCUUGCUAUGCACAAACAGGAACUUCGGGGACGGCCAUUACAAGUCAAGAUCUCUCAGCCGGCAUCCGUCAAAAGAGCGGCUACUAUCAUCACCCCCAAAGCACGAUCAGAAUCAGCCGAACCAGGAAGCACAGACUUGGAAAGUCAAAGAGCGGCUGAUGACCGCGCGGCUCGAACGUUGGGAUUGAUGAAUAUUCCUGACACAGUGAACGAUAGUCGCAUCCGAGCAAUUGCCGAACCAUUUGGUCCUCUUGUCAAGAUCGUGCUACGUCCUGAUCGCGAGGGAGCUAUUGUUGAGUUUGUUGAUGUCAAGGCAGCUGGCAAAGCUUCGUUAGAACUGGAAGGACAUGAGAUUGCUCCUGGUCGCCUAAUUCGAGUAGGCACUGCCAACGAUGUGUUGAAACGAAGUGGGUCUUCGGUUUCCGGCCCCGCGAAACUGAAAACUACCAAGACAUUCAUGCCUCAAAUUGGUGGGCCUAUCAAGCGUCCAACACAGCCAGGAACUGGACGUCGGGGUGGAUUAGGCUUCAAGCGAGGUGGAAGUGUGGCCUCAGCUCGCAACGACGAGCAUAAUGAAAAUGCCGAAGGAGCGACAGAGCAAAGGCCGCAGAAAACAAAUGACGAUUUCCGGGCCAUGUUCAGCAAUGGAAAGCAGUAG